CAGAUUGGGGCGAAAAUAGAGCAUUAUAAAUGCCUGCCCGUCUGGGUCACUCUCAGCACUCAUACUUGGAUCGAAUGAAAAUGAAACCAAGCAUGAAGCAUUCGAGAGACAUGAGUGUUGCGUUUUUAUUGGUUCUCUCUUUGGCAGUUAGAGCUUGCUCACAGCAACAGGGACCGCAAGUGCCCUGUUUCUUCAUAUUUGGCGAUUCCCUCGUCGACAAUGGGAACAACAACCAGAUUCUCACGCUUGCGAGGGCGAACUACAGGCCUUAUGGCAUCGACUUCCCGCUCGGUGCGACGGGCCGUUUCACCAACGGGAGGACUUACGUGGAUGCUUUAGCACAGUUACUUGGAUUUCCAACUUACGUACCACCUUACGCAAGAACAAGGGGACCUGCUUUGUUGAGGGGAGCGAACUAUGCUUCUGGAGCAGCCGGUAUACGGGAUGAAACCGGGAAUAAUUUGGGCGAUCACACUUCAAUGGACCAACAGGUCGCAAACUUUGGUUAUACAGUGGCUCAGAUGAGAAGGUACUUUAGAGGAGACACCAAUGCACUCAACAGCUACCUAAGUAAAUGCAUUUUCUAUUCUGGGUUGGGGAGUAACGAUUACUUGAACAACUAUUUCAUGCCGAAUUUCUACUCUACGAGUUCAGAAUUCACUGCCAAAGCCUAUGCAGCUGUUCUGCUUAAUGACUACUCACGCCAGUUGACGCAACUCUAUGGCUUGGGAGCACGGAAGGUGAUUGUUACUGCAGUUGGCCAGAUCGGUUGUAUACCUUAUCAGCUUGCCAGAUAUAAUGGCAACAAUAGCCGAUGCAAUGAGAACAUCAACAAUGCAAUUGUUCUUUUCAACUCUGGGCUCCGCAAAAUGGUUGACGCAUUCAACAACGGUCAGCUACCUGGAGCUAAAUUCGUGUACUUGGAUUCUUUCGAGAGCACGAAGUACCUGAGCCAAAGUGCAGCAAACUACGGAUUUGAGGUGAUUGACAAAGGGUGUUGCGGAGUGGGGAGGAACAACGGGCAGAUAACUUGUCUUCCGCUUCAACAAGCUUGCACCAACCGGACCAAAUACUUGUUCUGGGAUGCAUUCCAUCCCACUGAAGCUGCCAACAUUAUGCUGGCCAAGGCAUCCUACAGCUCCAGAACCCAAUCCUUCACUUAUCCAAUCAACAUCCAACAGUUGGCUCAGUUAUGAAAACAAUUGAAACGAGUCUUGUCUCUCUUGGGGUUUACUUAGCAUUGGGUUUCGGCUUCAAUGCAGUUGCUUUUAGAUUCUGAUUUUCAAUAAGAUCGGGAUUUAUUCCAUCUUAUGUUUGACUAAAUGUACCUGUCACUUGUUCCCUGUUUGUGCAACUGAAUUGAACCUUCACAAUAACUAAGACUCCUGUGUUUUCUUUACUUGUGAUUUUCCAUGCGGGUAUGUAUAUCACAUGCCAUGUUUGUCAAGAAUAGAUGCAUUUUCUUCACA